AAAAUGAGAAAAAUCCAGGUUUACACCCGCACGGACAAAGUUAAAACUACAAAAGGAGGUUGUUUGUCUCACACUACUUUGAGAGGAGGACCAAAUGAUUUCAUUGAUCUGGAUGGCAAUUCGGGUAAUGGUAGUCUUAAAAACAAGGGACUACAAACAUUGAAGAGCAGAUUUUGAAACAUACAGAGAAACCUAAAGUCAGAACACCAAAACAAGUGCAAUUAAGUGUCAUACAAAAGAAAACUGCAGAGGAUGGUAAACAGGAAUUGAAAUGUAACAAGUUUACGGUUUUACUAGAUGGAGAAGAGGAGAUUGAUUCUAAAAUGCAAGUUCCAGGUGCCAAGCUGUCAAAAUUGAAAGAAACAUUACAAGCAAAGAUGAAAAUGAAGAGAGACCAGGAGAGGAAGAAACGAGAAGAGGCAUAUCAGCUUGACAAUGAGGAAGGUUUUGAAGAUGAUUUCAUGGAUGAUGAUGGUGAACUGACUGAUAAGACAGACACUGAUAUAGAAGAAGAAGAUGAUGAUGAUAUGGGAAUAGAAGGAAUAGAAAAAGAAGCUGAUGACGACGAUGGUGAUGAUGUAAUUGAUGUUGUCAAUGGUGGUGCAGCGAAGAACAAAACGCAGAAAAAUGUAGAUGGUGGGUCAGAAUUCCUAUCUCUAAAACUACUUGACACAAGUAUAAGAAGUGACCCAUCAGCAUCAUCAGGAAGUUCAUCUUUCAAAACCCCUGCCAAAGUGAUAACUGGCCCUAACCAUAGUACAGAUACAAUGAAUCUCUACGAUAGCACCUGCUCAUUACCCAGUGAUGUCAGUGAUCUACAGCCAUGUGAUAAUGAUAAGAACAAUAGUUGGAAGGAUUUCAAUUUUGGUUUAAUAGAGCAGAAGAAGGGUUUGAUUAAACACAAGUCUAAAGAUUUUGGUGAAUAUGACUUUAGUGAUGGUGAAAAUGAAAUGUUAAAAUUAGCGGUUGAAAGUGAUAAAGAAGAAAAGGACAUGCCAGAUAUUAAAAAUGUAAGUUACAAUGGUCUUGAUGCUAGUUUUGACCCAGCUUCUAUGAUACCUGCAUAUCAGCCUGGAGGUGGUAGUACAAACCAAGAUCACAACAAAUCUGCAACCAGUGGUAGGAAUUCACCAGAUUUCUUUACACCAUUUACCAAGAGACAGAUCAGUACAGGCUCUCUUCAAAAGAGUACUGGCAAGUUAUCUGAUCUCUCCCUUCCUGUAGAAGACUCUCAAGAUCUUUUUAAUUCUCCUGCAAGAUCACAUCAUUCAAGAAAUUCAGAUUCACUAUCACAGAACUUUCAUUUCUCCCUGGAUGAUGAGACUCAGAGUCAAUUUUUAGAUGAGAAUGGGUUUCUGAAUGUGAGAAGUACAACAAAACCAAAGGUUUCAAAGAGGCAGUUGUUAUUGAGUGAUGCAUCAAAUGAAAAUCUUGAUGAGCUACUGGGACUCUGUUCUGGAAAGUUCACUGAAGAUACUCAAUCUAGUUCAUCUUCUAUCAAGGAAUGUGUUAAUCCCAAACCAAAAGGUUUGUUUUCACAUUUCUCAUCUGGGGAACUUGCAUCCAGUUGUCAGAGGUCAAGUAUGGAUGAACUGUUAGGUCUGUGUUCUGGCACAUUCACAGAAAGCUCAAAAGAAAAAACUGAGAACACCAAAGAGAAUGAGGAGAAGGAGGAGGAUGAUGAUGAUGGUAGUGAUGUAUCAUUCCAUAUCAUGUCUGAUGUUGAAGAUGAAGAAGACGAAGAUGAAACUCUCACUAAAAGAAAAGAAAAACGAAGAAGAGUAAUGCAGUUCAGUGAUGAAGAUGAUGAGGAUGAUGAUAACAUGGAUGGUGAAGAGGAUCAUAGCGUAGAAGAAGAACUGUCUGAAACAGAGGAUGAAGGUGCAAAACCUAAAGUUAAAGCCAAACCAGUUCCAAUGCCUGACUUCAUUGAGGAUGAGGCCGAGCUGUCUGGUAGUGAAGCAGGCAGUGAUGAUGAAGAAGGUGAUUAUGGAGAUGAUGAAUAUGAAGAGGAUGCCAUUGAUGAGGAAUUACCAGAGGCUGACAUGUUGAAAGAUCAGAUCAACAGAAUACACAUGAAAACAGUUGAAGAUGAUGAUGCUAGAAAACUAAGAUUAUACAAAGAAAUGUACUUACAAGAUGGUGAUUUAUGGAGUGAUGGCAAGGGAAGAACAAGACGAUUUAGAUGGAAUAAUGUGGAAGAUGAGAGUUCACAGAUGGACAUGUUCUGGAAGGCAUCUGACAAUGAAGAAAGUGAUCAAGAAACUGAAGAAGAUUUGAAAUGGAGAAAAGAAAGAUAUGAAAGGGAACAAUGGUUAGAAGAACAAAAACAGGAGAAAGAUGGUGUCUUUGACAUUGAUGAAGACAGUCAAUUCACAAAGAUUAUUAAAAAUAUACAGAUAAAAAAGAAAGCUUCUCCAAAGAAACUUCCUGCUCCACCACCACCCAAGGAGAAAGUUAAAGAUAAAGAAGUUACAGUUCCCAAGCCGUUACAUCAGACUAUGUUUCGCAGAGGCUCUUUCCUGUGUCGGAGUAAGAAAGAUCUUGAAAAGAUAGCAGCAAUGGCUAAGCCUGUUGCCAAUCCAAGUGGUCCCAAAAAUUCUCGGAACUUUGUUUUUCAAGCAUUGUCACCACCAAAAGAUGGAGUUACUAAGAAACCACAGGUGCGAAGGUCCAUCAGUGUAACAGGAGCUGUGGAGCAGUCAAUCAGUAAAAGACCAAGAUUAGAGCGAAGUCAGAGUACUGUUGUAGCCAAAACAAGCAUUUUUGAACACUUCGAUUAAUUUCUUUACUUUAAAUACCUCAUUUCAUGUACAUACAUUUCAAGUAGUUGAGUUAGUGGCGGGUGCUGAACAUGUAAUGUAUAUUCAGGGAAUAGUAGACAUAAGUUAUUUCAUGAUCAUUGAUACAUUCAAAUAGGUGUCUGAUUUGCUUGAUUCUGUUUGUAAAUAAGCAUUUAUACCGAGGUUACUUUAAACUGUCCUUGCUUUAUUCUAAAUUAAUAAAUUUUAUUUUCACAGAUUCUUAAUAGGGCCCAAUUGUAUACUGGGAAUUUUUAAAUAGUACUCAAUAUAUUGUAUAAUAUAGAUAUUAGUGUUAUAUUUUAAUGUGAUGUACUCAGUACAUCAUUAUCUAUGCAUUUUUCUGACAUGGAAUAAUUUGCUGAAUGCCAUUUUCCACACAGCCAGGUUUUAAUAGAUUUGAUAACAAUUUAAAUAUUAAAGGGAACCUCAAUCCAAACAA